CUAUUUGCUUUUGCUGAUCAGUCUCCUACAGAAAAACACAGCAGCACAAAAACAAACAAUUUUGUAGUAGAACCAAAACCUUUUUCUGAAAAAAAAGUGUUGGGAAAAGAACUUUGAUUCCCAUACUGAAAAUUUAAGAGGAUUUGGUAAUGAAAAAGGGAUUCGCAUAAUCCAAAAAUAUAGUAAAAAAACAAAUAGAAAAUAUUAGAAAUAGAGAUAGAGAUAGAGUUAUAGAGAGGUGAAGUGUCAAUUUUGGAGAAGAAUACAUUCUUCUUGAAUAUAUAUGAUUCUUAAGGGCAUAGUCGGUUGAUGGAAAAUUUUGACAAUAAUCAUAUGUUCAUUUAGUUUCUUUUUCCUUUUUCCUUUUUGCCCUUUAAUCUUUUUACGGUGUCUAAAUUCUGGGUUUAUUCUUAUUCUUAUUUUCAUAUAAAUUUUGUUGUUUUGUUCUGAUUGUUCAAGUUUAGAAGAAGGGAUCUAAGCUUAUUUAUCUAUUCAAAAGUUGCUUAGAGAAUUUCUUAUUUAAGUGAUUGAAUGACUUGCUUGAUGAAUCUCAUUGAUGAGGAUUCUGAAAUCAAUGCCGACCCGCUCGGUCCUGUAUCGUGUAUCGGUGUGGAGAAUGUUGAAAGGCCUAAUAAGAAGGUCUUCUCGAAUGGAGAUUUAUAUGUUGGUGAUUUUAAGGCAGCUCUUCCCCAUGGCAAGGGGAAGUAUACGUGGUCAAACGGAAUGGUUUAUGAGGGUGAUUGGGAAGCAGGGAAAAUGAUAGGUAAAGGAUUGUUACUUUGGCCAUCGGGAGAAAGAUACAACGGUGAUAUCUCGGGGGGUUACCUUCAUGGUUUUGGCACGCUUACAUCACCUGAUGGAUCCGUGUACGAAGGACAAUGGAGGAUGAAUAUACAGCAUGGAUUUGGAAAAAAGAAGUAUGCUAAUUCAGAUGUUUAUGAAGGGGAAUGGAAGGAAGGUGAGCAUGAAGGUAAUGGUAGAUACUUUUGGAACAAUGGAAACAAAUAUACCGGGAAUUGGAAACGCGGGAAAAUGCAUGGUAGAGGUGUUAUGGAAUGGGUAAAUGGUGAUAAGUACAAUGGUUGUUGGUUAAAUGGUUUGAGACAUGGGUCGGGAAUUUAUCAAUAUGCCGAUGGGGGAUACUAUUUUGGAACAUGGACCAGGGGGCUUAAGGAUGGUAAAGGAGUUUUCUAUCCUGCUGGUAGUAAACGCCCUUCUCUAAAGAACUUUUGUAUCUCUCUGGGAUAUGAUAAUGGUCCUAAAAGUGUGUUGUCUCAAUGCUCAUCAUUAAAUUUGGAGGGAAGCACAGUCAAGAAACGAAGUGUUAGGCGUAGUGUUUCCGAGAAGAUCUCAGUGAGUGGAGUUCUAAGAAGUUCAGGUCGAAUAUCGCAUAAGAGUGCUGAGAGUUCUAGACAUUCUGAUUCCACUAGAGAAUCCAGGCACCAUUAUUCCUCAGGCACAUUCUCCUUUGAUUCCGAUGGCGGUCAAAGUGAGGUGCAAGAAAAUACUGCAGUAGUUUACGAGAGGGAAUACAUGCAAGGAGUUAUGAUCAAAGAGAGAGUCCGAGGUUACACUGAAUUACCAAAGAAGGCCGAAAAGAAAACUAAACAUCACGCCAAAGAAACCAAAAAGAGUUCAUGUUUUGGCAUUUUCAAAGGCAAAAACAGCUAUCAUUUGAUGCUUAAUUUGCAACUUGGUAUAAGGUAUACUGUUGGCAAGAUAACACCGGUCCCUAAGCGUGAGGUUCGAACUGCUGAUUUUGGCCAUCGAGCCAGAAUUACUAUGUUUUUCCCUAGAAGGGGUUCACAGUUUACGCCUCCACACAAAUCUGUUGAUUUUUACUGGAAAGAUUAUUGUCCUAUGGUUUUCAGGAACUUGAGGGAGAUGUUCAAGCUAGAUGCAGCUGAGUACAUGAUGUCCAUUUGUGGUGAUGAUGGUCUCACAGAGAUUUCUUCUCCAGGAAAAAGUGGAAGUAUCUUCUAUCUAUCUCAUGAUGAUAGAUUUGUGAUCAAAACAUUGAAAAAAUCAGAGCUCAAGGUUUUACUGAAGAUGUUGCCUAAAUAUUAUAAUCACGUGAAAGAACAUGAAAAUACUCUCAUAACAAAGUUUUUCGGGCUCCACCAGAUAACUGUACAUGACAAAAGAAAGGUGCGGUUUGUGGUUAUGGGGAAUAUGUUUUGCACAGAACUGCGAAUUCAUCGUCGUUAUGAUCUAAAGGGAUCAACUCACGGAAGAUGUACUGAUAAAGAUAAAAUUCACGAAAAUACUACAUUGAAGGAUCUUGAUCUGUCGUAUGAGUUUCAAAUGGACAAAUCAUUGCAGAAAUUCUUUUUUCACCAAAUUGCUCUAGACUGCAAUUUCUUGAAAUCUCAACAUAUAAUUGAUUAUAGCCUUCUAUUGGGGCUACAUUUUAGAGCUCCUGAGCAACUAAAUGGCCUGCUAGAACCUCCCAUGAUGCCUAAUAUCGAGAGUUCACCGGCGGGUCAAGAUGGAGAAGUGUUAUUCCCCUCAAAAGGCUUGUUGCUUGUGGCCCAUGAACCGAGCUCCGUUAGCACUGAUCCCGGUCCUCAUAUUAGAGGAAGACCCUUAAGAGCUUUCUCUCUAGGUGACAAGGAAGUCGAUGUUUUGGUUCCCGGUACUGGAAGGUUACAGGUACAACUAGGAGUGAACAUGCCCGCACAAGCUAACCAAAAGCUUUCCCGGGAUGAAGCAGAUUCAGCUGAAGUCGAACUUUUCGAGGUUUAUGAUGUGGUUAUCUAUAUGGGAAUUAUUGACAUUUUACAGGAAUACAAUGCAAAGAAAAAGGCCGAGCAUGCAUGCAAAUCGGUGAAAUUUGAUCCCUUGUCAAUAUCUGUUGUUGAACCCGAGCUUUAUGCUCAACGUUUCAUCAAUUUCUUAAAGCAAAAAGUUUUCCCGGAACAACCAUGAAAAAAAAACAGAUAUAUCUAUCUGUUUCUACCAUUGCUUCUAUAUUUUGGCUCACGUUGACAAAAUUCUUCUGUUACUUUGACAAAAUCGAUAAGCCAAUAACUAUCUGUACCUAUUGUAUUGUUUGCAAGUGAUAUUGAGAAUGUCUAAUAGCUGAGAAUUAAUCAAGCUUUGGUUCUGUAUGCAUUUUGUUUCCAAUAACUGAGAAUUACAUCUUGAAAUUCUAAAA